AUGGCUUCAAACAAUGGCAAUGAGGAUGCUCCUCGAGUUGAGGACGAGAAUGUGUCCGCUGCAGAGCCCAACCAGAGUGUCUGGCGCUCAAUAUGGCAAAACAACAAGGGUGCACUUCUAAUCCUCUCAUCUGUUGUCUGUGGCGCGUCAAUGGACGCCAUCGCCCGUUUCUUGCAACAAGGCGGUGCCGGUUUUCACACGCUCCAGAUCAUCACGGCUCGUAUGGGUGUAACGUUAAUCCUGAGCACCGUGUACAUGUGGUGGACUUCUGUGCCACAUUUCCCGCUAGGUCAUCCUGAGAUCAGAGGCUGGCUGGUGUUGAGGGCGCUGUUUGGAUUCGUGGGCCUCUUCACGUUAUACUACUCGGUCCACUACCUCCCCCUCGCUGAGGCGACCGUCUUCCGCUUCCUAAUUCCUAUCACCACCGCCUGGGCAUGCUACAUUGUACUGGGCCAGCCCUUCACCCGCAAGGAGCUGAUUGCGGGCUUGGUAGCCCUGGUGGGCGUGGUCUUCAUCGCGCACCCAGAGUCCAUCUUCGGCAAGGUCGACGACCAUAUCCACGCUGAUACCGCCCCAGGCGACCUGGACGAUGUCACUCCAGCGCAGCGCAUGUUUGCCAUCGCGCUCUCUAUCUUCGGUGUUGUAGGAGCAUCCGGCGCAUACACGACCAUCCGCAUCAUGGGCAAUAGGGCCCACGCUCUCAUCUCAGUCAACUACUUCGCCCUGAUCGCCACCGCCGGCUCGGCAGUCGCGCUGCUGGCCGCGCCGGGCAUAGGAUUCUCAAUGCCCCGAUCCGCGCGGGAGUGGGCCCUGCUGGCCCUGCUCGGCUUCCUGGGCUUCGUCCUGCAGUUCCUGCUCACGUCCGGCCUGCAGCUGGACAAGAGCCCCAAGGCCACGUCGAUGCUGUACACCCAGGUGAUAUUCGCCCUGAUGUUCGACUGGGCCAUCUGGGGCGUGCUGCCAGGCGGCUGGAGCCUUUUCGGCGGGGCCAUCAUCAUCGCGAGCACCCUGUGGUCGGCCUUGCACAAGCCGCAGGCCCCCAAGAGCAGGCCGGAGGCGAAGAAGGCCGUGGACGAGGAGACGGCGCUGCUUGGGCCACAGACCGAGGGCGUAGAGGAGGUCGCGAGGGUUUCCAGCGCUGGACGUGCAUAG